AUGGAGGCUUGGAAUUUGGCCGAGGCCAAGCUACCAGCAGAUCGGGGAAACCGGGAAGCUGGCAUGGAUCUUGAUGUACACAAUGCUGCAGAAGAGGGCAAUGUUGAUGCCCUUUGGCAGCACAGAGAGCACGUUGACCAAGUGUUAACCCCAACCAAGAACACAGUUCUUUCUCGCUGUCCUGGUUGCUGCUGUGAGCAGCUACUGGUUUAUAACAAGGAAAACUUGAACGCUUUACACAUUGUUAUAGCUGAUGAUGAUUCUCUGCUGCCGACACUGAAGGAGCGCUCAAGCGCAAAAGCCGAAAUGGAGGAGGUGGAGGAGAAGAAAGGUGGUAGUAGCUGCAGGGGAUUCAGUGUGUUCAAAUGUGGCAAAGACGCUGAUGUAAUAUUGAAGGAAGUGAAAGAAGCUCAUCUGGUAAUGGCUACAUUGAUAGCAACUGUGACUUUCGUAGCGGGUUUCGCCAUGGCUGAUUACGAAAGCGAAAAAGGAGGAGGCCAAGCAAGUCCAGCAAGAAAUGCAGCUUUGAUAGUUUUUGUUGUAACAGAUGCACUGGCCCUGUGUAUGUCGGCUUGUUCUGUCUUGAUGCACUUUUAUUUGCCAGGGCCGGAUGCCAUUGUUUUGUCCUUAUCUUCGACCAUGUCCGCCUUGAUUUUCAUGGCGAUUGCAUUCAUUUCUGGGGCAUAUGCAGCAUCAGGUCAUUCUCCGCGGCUUGCCGUGGCGGCUAGUGUGCUCGGCUGCUGGUACUUUUGGGCAGCUUUCUUCAUGCUUGGCCGUCCAUCUGCCAAAGCUUUUCUGAGGCAUUUUAAUCAUGCUGCCACUGCAGCUUAG